CCGGUAGGCUGCGGGCGGCGGCCAUCUUCUCUCCACAGCCGGCUGCUCCCCCAGUGCAAGUGAAGCAGCACCGCCAGCCCCCUCCUCCUCCGCUCCCUCCCUCUUCCUUCUCCUCCUCCUCCUUCUCCCUCCCAUUACACUCAGCCGUCGCCGCCGGUCAGGAAGGGGGUGACCGGGAAAGCGAAGGCCGCGGCGGGGGGGAGUGGAGAGGGGAAGCCGGGCCGCCGUGAGGGGAGCAGCCCCGCGGGGGCGGGCGGUGGGGGCGGCGCGGGGCUCGCCUGGCCUCGCCGGCGGGCGGGCCGCGGGGUGCCAGCCGGGGGGUUCGUGCCGCCCCGGGGCCGGCCCCUCCGCUGUCCCUGCCAGCUGGCCCGCGCCCCCUCGGCGGGGUCAGCUCGGGGGGCCGGACCCCGCUCUAGAUGGGAUAAGCUGUAAACAUGUUUAGCUUUGAAGGGGAUUUCAAAACAAGGCCCAAGGUGUCUCUCGGAGGAGCGAGUAAGAAGGAAGAAAAGGCUUCUCUCCUGCAUCGUACUCAGGAAGAAAGGAGAAAACGAGAGGAAGAAAGGCGAAGGCUGAAAAAUGCAAUAAUAAUCCAGUCAUUUGUAAGAGGGUACAGAGACAGAAAACACCAAUACUCUAUCCAAAGAAGUGAAUUUGAUCGCUGUGCUAAUCUGGCCCAAUCUGGAGGAACCUUUUCCACGGCAAAUGGAGCUAAUUUGACUCUCUUAGUUCGUCAGUUACUCUUUUUUUAUAGACAGAAUGAGGAUUCUAAGCGUUUGGUAUGGAUGUGUCAGAAUUUAAUUAAACAGAGUUCUCAGUUUGUUAAGCAAUUGGAUGGUCCAGACAGACUUACUUGCUUAUUCCAAAUAAAAAGACUGUUGGGGCUGUGUUGCAGGCUAUUGCAAAAUUGCAAUGAUGACAGUCUGAAUGUUGCACUUCCUAUGAGAAUGCUUGAGGUAUUUUCAUCUGAGAAUACGUAUUUGCCUGUUUUACAAGAUGUCAGCUAUGUGACAUCAUUAAUUGAACAAAUUUUGCACUACAUGAUUCAAAAAGGCUACUACAAGUCGCUUUAUUUGUUAAUUAACAAUAAGCUUCCCUCGAGUAUUGAGUAUUCUGAUGUUUCUCGAGUCCCUAUUGCAAAAAUACUUCUGGAGAAUGUUCUGAAGCCAUUGCACUUUACAUAUAGCUCCUGUCCAGAAGGUGCAAGGCAGCAGAUUUUUGCAGCCUUCACAGAGGAGUUUCUGGCAGCACCUUUUACAGAUCAGAUAUUCCAUUUCAUCAUUCCAGCGCUUGCUGAUGUGCAGACCAUUUUCCCUUAUGAACUCUUUCUGAAUGCACUAUUAUUAGCAGAAAGGAAAAGUGAUGAAGCUCCGUGGCUUUUUUACUUCGUGUUGACAGUUGGAGAAACAUACUUGGGAUCCCUUUCAGAAGAAGGACUUCUUGUGUAUUUGAGGGUACUCCAGACUUACCUCUCUCAGCUGCCUGUGUCUACUGCUGGUACAAAUUGUCAAGAUGCAAACAGUGAUUCUGAAGAUGAGGAUGAAGAGAUCAGUAAAAUGACAACUACACCAGGUGAUGGGAGAAUAUCAGUUCAGUACAUAACUGAGGAGUGUCUAAAGAAAUUGGACACAAAGCAGCAGACAAACACUCUACUGAAUAUGGUUUGGAGAGAUUCAGCUAGUGAAGAGGUCUUUACCCUGAUGGCAUCAAUCUGCCACACGCUAAUGGUACAACACCGAAUGAUGGUGCCAAAAGUCAGGCUUCUUUAUAGUUUAGCCUUUAAUGCCAGAUUCCUGAGGCAUCUUUGGUAUUUGAUAUCUUCAAUGACUACACGAAUGAUUACAGGGUCUAUGGUGCCACUUCUUCAAGUGAUUUCAAGAGGCUCUCCAAUGUCUUUAGAAGACUCUAGUCGAAUUAUCCCUCUCUUCUACCUUUUUAGUUCUUUGUUUAGUCAUUCACUUAUUUCUAUUCACGAUAACGAAUUCUUUGGUGAUCCAAUAGAAGUCGCAGGUCAAAGACAAUCAUCAAUGAUGCCUUUUACACUAGAAGAGCUUGUAAUAUUAUCACGCUGCCUUCGAGAUGCAUGUUUAGGAAUCAUAAAGUUGGCUUACCCAGAAACAAAACCAGAGGUUCGUGAGGAAUAUAUUGCAGCAUUUAGAAGCGUUGGAGUAACAAAAAAUACGGAAAUGCAGCAAUGUAUACAGACGGAACAAAAAAGGUGGAUUCAGUUAUUCAAGGUCAUCACAAACUUAGUGAAAAUGUUGAAAUCUAGAGAUACAAGGAGAAAUUUCUGCCCACCAAAUCACUGGCUCUCAGAACAAGAAAACAUUAAAGCAGAUAAGGUUACGCAGCUGUAUGUGCCAUCUGCCAGGCAUGUCUGGAGAGUCAGAAGAAUGGGAAGAAUAGGACCAUUGCAGUCUACUUUGGAUGUGGGUUUGGAACCAGCACCUCUUUCUGUAUCUGAAGAACGACAACUUGCAAUUCUGACAGAGCUACCUUUUGUAGUUCCAUUUGAAGAAAGAGUAAAGAUUUUUCAAAGACUUAUCUAUGCUGACAAGCAAGAAGUUCAAGGAGAUGGGCCAUUUUUGGAUGGAAUUAAUGUCACUAUAAGAAGAAACUAUAUUUAUGAAGAUGCUUAUGAUAAACUUUCUCCUGAAAAUGAACCUGACCUGAAAAAGCGCAUUCGUGUUCACUUACUUAAUGCACAUGGUCUUGAUGAAGCUGGUAUUGAUGGUGGUGGCAUUUUCAGAGAAUUCCUGAAUGAACUACUUAAAUCAGGAUUUAACCCCAACCAGGGAUUUUUUAAAACCACCAAUGAGGGACUUCUUUACCCCAACCCUGCUGCACAGAUGCUCGUUGGAGACUCUUAUGCCCGACAUUACUACUUUCUUGGAAGAAUGCUUGGAAAGGCUCUUUAUGAAAAUAUGCUGGUGGAGCUGCCGUUUGCUAGUUUUUUCCUCUCUAAACUACUGGGGACAAGUGCUGAUGUUGACAUUCAUCAUUUAGCUUCAUUAGAUCCAGAAAUGUACAAAAAUUUGCUUUUUCUGAAGAGCUAUGAAGGGGAUGUGGAAGAACUUGGACUAAACUUCACUGUGGUAAAUAAUGACCUUGGGGAAGCACAGGUGGUUGAGCUGAAGCCAGGUGGAAAAGAUAUUCCUGUUACCAGUGCCAACCGAAUUGCGUACAUCCAUCUGGUGGCAGACUACAGGCUAAACAAACAAAUUCGACAGCAUUGCCUUGCUUUCCGUCAGGGACUCGCCAAUGUUGUGAAUCUUGAAUGGCUUCGAAUGUUUGAUCAACAGGAAAUACAGGUUCUGACUUCCGGUGCCCAGGUUCCUAUUAGUUUGGAUGACCUUAAAUCUUUCACAAACUAUUCAGGUGGCUACACAGCAGACCAUCCUGUAAUUAAAAUAUUCUGGAGAGUUGUAGAAAGUUUCACUGAUGAGGAGAAACGCAAACUACUCAAGUUUGUAACAAGCUGCUCUCGACCACCUCUUCUGGGGUUUAAGGAGUUAUAUCCUGCAUUUUGCAUUCACAAUGGAGGAUCUGAUUUAGACAGGCUACCUACUGCCAGUACCUGCAUGAACUUGCUGAAGCUGCCUGAGUUUUAUGAUGAAAAUCUUAUGCGAAGCAAGCUUCUUUAUGCCAUUGAAUGUGCUGCUGGAUUUGAAUUAAGCUGAGUCGAACUGAUGCUUAUUUGGAUGAUCUGCAGAGGAACUAACCAGUGCCUACUCUAUAAGCAGCACCCAUACCCCAGCAGUUUUAAGGGAGUUCUGUCUAGAUUUCUGCAGCUCUUGUGUCUUAUCAAAUGCCCUCAAAUAAGUUUCAUUUUUAAACACAAUUUCUUAGUUAGCUUUCAUUAAUUAAUAUUACAUUGACACUGCUUUAUGAUUCAAAACAAUGAAUGCUGUGUGCAGUGUGGCUGUUUUCUGUGUUACGCGACGAAAGAGCACAUUUAAAGAACCGUGACAUCUCGGUGAAAUUAACCAAAGAUGAAGCUUUGGCUUUGUGCUGUUCAAACAAAUAAUUUCACAAACUGGCAAUAAAGUUGUGUACCAUGCAGCACAUUGGGAUGAGACAGGGCUAACAUCCUGUAAUUAAUCUUUUAGAUGGAAGUGAAGCAGAUGUUUGCAGAUAUCCCAUAACUGAGAGGAUGGAAAUGCUCAUUACCGAUAACCUAACAUCUUUACUUACGUUGUAGAAUUGUUUACAAAUCAUAGUUGUUGCAGAACUGAUGUUUUAUACUACCUGUUGUGGUUUAAGUCCAGCUGGUAAUUCAGCAUUACGCAGCCAUUUGCUCACCCCCCUCCUCCUUUUCCGCUCUCUGGGCAGGAUGGGGAGGAGAAUCAAAAGAAUGUAAACCCCACGGGUUGAGAUAAGAACAGUCCAGUAACUAAAGUAUAAUAUAAAACUACUACUGCUACUAAUAAUGCUAAGGGAAAUUACAAAGGGAGAGAAUAUAAAACUAAAAGGGGAAAGGAAAAAAACCAAUAAACACAAGUGAUGCACUAUACGACUGCUCACCACCCGCCGACUGAUAGCCAGCCCGACCCAAGCAGCGAUCUGGGCCUUCCGGGUGACUCCCCUGCCUGUUUGUAUACUGGGCAUGACGUGCUGUGGUAUGGAAUACCCCUUUGGCCAGUUUGGGUCAGGUGUCCUGUCUCUGCUUCCUCCCAGCUUCUGGUGCCCCUCCUCACUGGCAGAGCAUAAGACUGAAAAGUCCUUGAUCAGGGUAAGUGCUGCUGAGCAUCAACUAAAACAUCACUGUGUGAUCAGCACUGUUCUCAGACUAAAGCCAAAACACAGCACUGCACCAGCUACUAGGAAGGAGAAAAAUAACUGUUACAGCUGAACGCAGGACACAACCUUCCCUCAAGAUGGUAGGCACUGAGAUAGAACGUUCAUAGUACUCCAUUUGUGCUUUCUGAAAUAUCUUGGAGAAAUCUGAUUCGCAUUAUUUUAAGUUCAACCUUUGGCUGCAUCAUUAUCACUUGAACACUGUUGUGAGUGGAUGUAACUAUCCAUGUUUUCUUUGUCCUGUUUCUGUCUUUUGUGCCUGUACAGACUUUUUGUUUUCUUUUUAACUGUAUCAGACUCCUAUUGCAUACACAGUAUAUACAGAAGUCAUCACUUUGGAAAAAUACACAUGUAACAACUAUUAAAAUUAUUUGAACCAAAGUUAUCAGGCUUUAUCUUUUAUAUUUGAAGCCUGUGGUAUUCACAUUCCUUUCCCCUGUCAUUUCUUUCCAUCUUGAAAUGUUGUAUCUGUGCCGUAGACACUAGUCAAACUCCUUAUUUUUUUGGUGAUUAAACAGCCUUUCUAUCCGUCUGUCUGCGGUUUUUCUGCUAAGAAAAGUAGGUGGGUAUAUGCUGCUUAAUAUAAUUUGAUAUCUGGGAAAAAAGAUGCUUUCACAUGGAAGGAACUGAUCCUCUAGUAGUAGGCACAUUGUUGGGUGUUCAUAUGCAAACUGCAGUCCAUUUAGAGAAAGGAAUUAUAGUUCAAACUGUAAGAUCCAUAAGUGCAUCCCUCUGAACUUUAAUUUUAUAUUUUAAAUCAUCAAAAAUUACAAUCAAAUUUGUAUUCAUCUCUUAUGCAAAAAAAUAUUUUGCUGUUACUGGAAACUCUGUUGGAUUUCAUAUUUAAUAAGCAGUAACCAGCAAUAUCCUUUUAAAUGUGGGAAAACUGAGUGAUUUUAAGAUGUUUACUAGUAACCAUAUAAAAAUGUAUAAUUUCUUAAUUUGGGUAAUGAUGUGUUAAAAUACUAUUUGUAGUCUUGAUGUACAGAAAUAAAACAAUUGGUUUUCUUUUUGGUUUUGCUUUAGGCUUUUUAUUUAUGUUAAAUGUUACAUACCCAAGUUAUUCUUUAUCCCAAAAUUCUUUUCUUGUAUAUUUUUCUACACAAACUAUGGAACUCGUAAAGAAGUUGAAAAAGAGAUCAGUAAUAGUGGAACUGCCUCCUCGUAAUUGUAAAACCUGAACACUUCUUUAGAUAGCAUUAUUUAUUUUAGAACCUAAUGCAUUAAAUAUUUUGAAAUUAUUUUUCAAUUCCAUUAUUUUGCUACGUUGGGUAGUGGUGUAUCUGUAUUUUGUAAAACUAAAAUGAAAUUUUCUAUUAAAUAGUUGAAUUUUGAAGAUCGUGUUGAAGUCAUGCCAAGUGCUCAUGACUGGUAAUGUACGCUUCCUGCUUCUGUGAAAGGAGACAGUGUGAUAGUGUGCACUAUUCCUGUCUGGUACCGCGAGUGCAAGCUCAACAGCGAGGGUAGGCUGGGGGGAAGGGUGAGUUGCAGAGAGAUGCAGUCACGUAAUUGCAAGAACCUGCAGAAGACUUCAGUGGAGAAUUUGAUGGAAAUACUCUUGACUUUUUGUUUCUUCAGUCUGUAGUACUUGGUGAUACCGGUUUGCAGAUUCUGUACAUAAAGUAUGAUACCCUGACAUGCUCAAGUCAGUGGGACUGUCGCCUGGAUUUUGUUCUGCAGCUUACACCACUGUGAGUACCCAGGCUGCAAUAAGAAGAGGGUAGGGCUUUCCUUUGGCAACAAGUGCUUUCAAUUCUGUCAACUCUUUUCCUGUAGUCAGGAUGAAGCAUGAGUCCCUGCUUUUCAAUGACCUAUUGCUGGAUAUUUUAAGGAAUGGGAGAUAAAGGUAUAAGAAAUAAUAUAGGUAUAGUUAUGGCCUGAGGAGCUAGGUAGUCUAAAUGAUCUCUUGUAGCAAGAAUUAUUUAUAUAUGAAAAUGGAUUUUCUCUUUUCUAAAAGAAGAGCAAACUCUCUCCCAGUUGUGAUGCUCUCAGAGUUCAGGUAGGCAGAAGCAGGAAGCACUUUGCAUGCAAGUAACCUGAAAUAUUGUAGAUUUUGAUUAUCAGAAUUACAGCAGUAAUAAUAACGGGUUGUUUUCUGCACAAGACAACCCUUUUUGAAAGUCAAUCUCUGUACUUCAGUGUUUUGUCCUAGUUCAGUACUUGCCUUUUGAAAAAUGACAGCAUUUUCUGUUUGUUUUUUGUUUUCAAAUAAUUCUUGGUUUAUAAUUCUGUAACCUGUUCUAAAAGACAUUUUUGUCAACAGUUACCAUUAUAAUGAAAGAGGUCACAAAUUCUUCAUCUCUCUAAAGUUAAAAGGCAUAAAAGCAGAAUAAAACCAAAUAAAAUUAGCACUUGGUCUGUUUAUCUUGGUGGGCAUUUUUCCAGAUGUGGGUUUAGUCCUAGUAGCUGGGUUAAAAAACCCAACCAAACAGCACAAACCCCCCACAAAAAACCACAGCAAACCAAAACAGAAAUGUCUGGCCUUGUUCCUUAAUCUCAGUUGUCUUCCAUCAUGGUGCUGAAAGCCAGACUUGUAUAAACUUCACAAAAGUCACUUGUGAUUUCUAGGCAGAACUCAUGUCUACAGCAGAGGAAAGAUUUGGCUCCAGUUUCAUGCAUAAACACUGAGCAGACAGAAGCUGGAUUUGAACAACAAGGAUGUAUCUUCAGUUACUUUUGUGCGGGGUGCUCCAUAACUAAACCCCAAUGAGCUUCCUGAUGCUAUUAGUAGCAGUGCAGACUGUCUUUUUGGCAUCGCUUGUGAAAUCUAGCACAAACAUCCUAAUCUGAUCUAUCAAGGGCUUUGGAAUUCAAAGAGAACGCUUCAGGGAGUGAGCUCAUGCUAAAUUUCAGUUUAACCCAAAACCUAUUUGUAAAAUGCCAGCGAGACAGCACACACUUUUCACCACUGAAAAUAAUACAGCACAGAAACAAGGAAAAAACGAGAGUUGUUUUUCUUGGAAUGUUUUGUUGGACCUGUAAUUUUUUUGUAUUUAUAAUUAUAUGCAAAAACUUUAAAACGUUUGCUCAUAUACAUGAAUCUGUGUUAAUAAUGGUUUGUGAUGUAAAUGCUUGUUACUAUUUUUUUUCAUGAUGCUUUGCCUGUCAGUGAAGGAGAGAAGAAAUGAACAUGGUCUGUAAAACUGAUCAGGAUAUCUAUAUUUUUAUUGACUUCUGCUUUUGUGAAUAAAAUAAUUUGAGUUUUCUUGA